AUGUCUCCUCCGUCGUCACCUCCACUCCCGACGAUGCGCAGCAGAACCACCUCGCAGGCCGAGCCCGCUGACUCGUCUACCGGCGCCGCCCUCCGCCAGCACAAAGCUCAUCAGCGCCAUGGUUCCGGCGUGCAUCCCCAUGCUCGCUCCAUCUCUCUCGGCCGCCUCGAGCUUGACCCGCCCGCCGACAUGGACACGCCCAUCGAGCAUUGCAAGCCGCCGCCCGCCAGCUGGGCCACGCUGCCGCACAAGGGCCAGCUCGCCGUGCUGGCCAUCUCGCGCUUCGUCGACUUCUUCCAGAUGGCCUCGCUGCAGACCUACAUGGUCCACCAGCUCAAGUCCUUCGACCCCGCCCUGCCCGACUCGGCCAUCUCGCAUCAGGCCGGCGUGCUGCAGGGCAGCUUCACUGCCACCCAGAUUGUCACCGCCGUUGUCUGGGGCCGCGUCGCCGACGCCCCAUGGUGCGGCCGCAAGCGCGUGCUGCUAAUCGGCCUCGUCGGCACCGCCUUCUCGUGCCUGGGCGUCGGCUUCUCGCAAACCUUUCUGCAGGCCACCUUCUGGCGCAUGAUGGGUGGCGCCAUCAACGGUACCAUCGGUUCCGCUAGGACCAUGGUUGCCGAAACGGUCGACAAGCGCUUCCACUCGCGCGCCUUCCUGCUGCUCCCGCUGGCCUUCAAUGUUGCCAACAUCCUCGGUCCCAUCCUCAGCGGCCUGCUCGUCGAGCCUGUCGCCGCAUACCCCAAGCUGUUCGGCCCGGCCUCCGUCUUUGGCGGCGUCGACGGCGUCCAAUGGAUGGAGAAAUACCCCUACGCCAUGCCAAACCUCCUCUGCGCCAUCCUCCUCGUUCUCGAGGCCGUUGCCGUCCAUUUCCUGCUCACCGAGACGCUGGCGAGCAUCCGCAACUCCAAGGUUCCGCUACCCAGCUUCAUGGACCUUGUGAAAAAUUUCUUUUCUCGCUUCACGUCGCCCAAUGCCCAUCAAUACCGCCUUGUCGACAACGCCUCCGACGGCCUGCUCGCCGGCAUGGACGACGACGCUGUCGAGCUUUCCUCGGUUCGCCACGGCGAAAAACCGAGCAUGUCUAAGCGCCCCCAGGUCUUGCCAUUCAGUCGUAUCUGGACCGCCAACGUGUUAUGGGUCCUGCUCUCGAUUGCGAUUUUCGACUUCCACAUGGGUGCUUUUUCCAGUCUCUGGAUUGUGUACCUUUCCACCGACAGACCUGCGGUUGACAUCACGGCUCGCUUCAUCAAGCGAUCCAAUCCCUUCAUCUUCAGCGGCGGUCUUGCUUUUGAGCCUGCCGCCAUUGGCUUUGCUCUAGCUGUUCUUGGAAUCGUUGGCCUUUUCCUGCAGCUUUCCAUAUACCCCUGGGCGAACACGCGGUUCGGCCUGAUGCGUUGCUUCCGCUACUCGCUUUUUCUUUUCCCGCUGGCGUAUUUCUUGGCACCCUAUCUGUCUCUCUUGCCCUCGCCAACACCGGCGCCAAGUCCCGCAACAGGGUUUUGGGUGUGGGUCGGCAUCAGCCUUAUUCUCACCCUCCAGGUGACCGCGCGUACUUUCGCUCUUCCCGCCAGCAUCAUCCUGCUCAACAACUCCAGCCCACACCCGAGUGUCCUGGCCACAAUCCACGGAAUCGGUCAGAGCGUGAGCUCGACUUUCCGCACGGUAGGACCUAUUGCCGCCGGUUAUUGGUACGGUGUCGGCUUGGAAAAGGGCAUUGUCGGUGUCGCCUGGUGGCUUGUCGCAGCCGUCAGUUGCAUUGGCUGCGUUUCCAGUUUCUGGGUUCGUAACGGCACUGGCCACGAGAUCCUUUUGCCCGGCGAAGAGCCUCCCGAGAACGACAGACAAUAA